GGACACGAUGCAGUCAGCUGGGAGAAUGCGGAAGAGGAGCGCGGAGCAGAGCCGCUGAGGAGCCGCGGAGGAGCGCACGCUGCCGGGAUCCCAUCCGUCCCGCCGGACCCACACCGGAGCCACACCGGACCCACACCGGAACCACCUGCAAACAUGUUCUUCAAGAAGACGCAGGAAGACGUCCCGCUGGGGGAGAAAAAGGAGAGCGCAGUGCCUUUGAUUCGUCAGAGCGUUCCCCGGAGGCCGUAUGACUUCAUCCUUGUGAGUGAAAACGACAAAGAGGAUGAAGACAAGAUUCGGAAAGAGAAAGCUUUCAUCAAGAAGCUGAAGGAAAAGCAUAUUCACGUCGUGGAAAUCGGCCACGAUGAUAAGAAAAUGUUUUAUGGCCUUCGAGCUCCAGAAGAGAAGUUUGAAGAUUAUCGAUACCUCCUCAAAGUGUCAGACUCCUGCAACAGUGGAGACGUGACCGUUACCCUGGCAACCAGGAUCAGAAUUGUUCACUUCAUUCUCCAUCACACACGGAUAAUCACAGAAGACGGAGAAGAAGAGGGCCUGGUGGAGCUGAUGAAGGACGGCGUGUUUGAAACCAAGUUCUGCUUACAUGAGAGACUGAACCAGAAGAAGCUGGUGGGGAGCUGGGCGCGAUGGACGGCAGUGUUCAAGAAACAACCGUACGAUGACAUCCAGAAAUACUUUGGGGAGAAGGUGGCGCUGUACUACCUGUGGCUGGGCUGGUACACCACUCUGCUGAUUCCAGCGGCGGUUCUGGGUGUCGUGGUGUUCCUUUAUGCCCUCGCGUUUUUCAAGACCAACCCUCUCAUUAAGGAAGUGUGUGAGUCCAACAUCACCAUGUGUCCUCGAUGUGAGAAAAGAUGUCCUCCAUGGAACCUGUCUGACACUUGCACCUAUGCAAAGGUCAGCCAUUUGUUUGACAAUGAAGGCACAGUAGCUUUUGCCAUUUUCAUGGCCAUCUGGGCCACUCUGUUCCUGGAGCUUUGGAAUAGAGAACGGGCGAAGCACGUUUCCAGAUGGAAGGUUUACGACUGGUGUGAAGAAGAGGAGGAACUGAUCAUGGAAAUCGUCAAUAAUUCAGAAUGUGAACCUCAAAAGUUCAAACACUCCUACCUAAAGAGCACGCUGGUCCUGGUCAUGGUGACUCUCAUGUUGCUGCUGAUUAUCGGACUGGCUCAAGCUCUUGUGGUGUUUCGAGUGGUGGCCGCUCCUCUGCUGUCGGAAAGCAAGUGGGAGUUCAUGAAAGACAACGCCAACACCGUGGCCGUGAUGCUGGGAGCUGUGGCGCACUACUUCACCAUCCAGAUCAUGACUCACGUCAACAGAAAGGUGUCACUAAAGCUGUGUGAGUGGGAGAAGCCAAACUCAUUUGCUGCCAAAGAAAAAAGUUUCACUGUCAAGAUGUUCACCUUCCAGUUCUUCACUCUGUUCUCCUCACUCUUCUAUGUGGCCUUCUUCCUGGGCAGGAUAAACGGCCAUCCGGGGAACUACGCACGCAUCGCAGGAUUCAGACUGGAGGAGUGCCAUCCCAGCGGUUGUUUGACGGACCUCUUCAUCCAGAUGGCCAUCAUAAUGAUGCUGAAACAGGUCAUCAACAACAUUGUUGAGUUCAUCGUCCCCUGGCUGAAGAACUUCUGGAGAAAAAGAGCCACAAAGGCGCUGAGGAGGAGAUGUGGUCACUGUUACCGGUCCGCCUGCCGUGAUGAAAACGGUCUCAUUGAGCCGUGUGAGGUCUGCAAAAUAGCAGAGUGGCUGCGAAACUACCAGCUGGCUGAUUCCGACUCCUUCAGUCUGUUCAAUGAGUUCCUGGAGAUGGUGAUCCAGUUCAGUUUCACCACCAUUUUUGUGGCGGCGUUCCCUCUCGCACCUUUGCUGGCUCUGAUCAACAACAUCUUUGAGAUCCGUCUGGACGCCAUCAAGAUGGUCCGGCUGGAGAGACGCCUGGUUCCAAAAAAGACCAACAGCAUCGGUGUUUGGAAAAUGGUCCUGGAGGCCAUUGGAGUGUUGGCAGUGAUUGCUAACGGUUUGGUCAUUGGAAUCACGUCUGAUUUUAUCCCUCGCCUCAUCUACCGUUAUGGUUACGGCCCGUGUGCCAGGGGAGAGACCGGCGUACACUGUAUGAGUGGUUACAUUAACAGCACUCUGACCACGGCCUACAUGGUUGUCAACAACACAGACGACUUUGUUGCUCCAAGGGAAAGACAUCUCCACAAUGUAACUCCAUGCAGCUUCAGAGACUUCCGGAGUGAGGAAGACCACAGUCUGACCACUCACUUCUGGUUGGUGUUGGCCGCGCGGUUCGCCUUCGUCAUCCUCUUUGAGCAUGUGGUGCUGGUGUUCAAGUUCGUGGCAGCCUGGUUCGUUCCCAACCAUUCCCUGAGCGUGAAGAACGAGCGGCUGGAAAGCAAGCUGAAGCGGCUGCAGGAAGAGCUCGAAGGAAGAAAAAAAUCUAAAUCCAAAUCAACUGAAGUGUAACCUUCCCCUGACGACGUCACAUCCAUUUCCUCUGUCCCGGUAAAUUUAAGGACGAAUAAGGACUUUUAUUUCUCCAGUUUUUCUUUGUUAAUAUGUAAAUGGAUUUUUUGUUGCUGUUUUCAUCUUUUUUUAAAAGUGUGUUUUUGAAAAAGGGACAAUUGAUAAAACCUAGUUUUUAUUAUUUGAAAAUGUAUAAAAUACUCAAAUUCUUAGAUGUCGGCGCAAUAAUUUAUUUGUUAAUGUUAAAAGCUAAUGAGCGAAUAAUAAGUGGAAAAUAUCAGAGAGAAUCCUGUCCUUUAACUGCAGGCUCAGACAUGCAGGAUGUUGGAAAGAAAUGUCUUUAGAGAAGAUCCACCAACGUCUGCUCUGAUGUAAAAUGGUCUUUUUCUGUCUUUGAAUAAACGCUGUGUGACAUCUAUCA